AGAUCAGUUGUGGAAAAAUAAGCGUAUUCUAACAACGGUCAGACAUCUCAUUUCCAGCCAAGACUACCCUCCAAACUGAGCCUAUCGGCCACCGUUCAGUCUUCUCGCGAUAUCUUUAUAGUCGAGAACUGAGGCAGAAGCUAUGAUGUUAACACCUUCUUAGCAUCGUUGUAGCAUGACAGUUUCGUAACUAACUAGAUGGAGAAGAAGAACACCCGAUUGUUUUUAGUGUUGGAUGUGAAGAUGUAGCCAACAGUGGGCCUUUUCUGUGGUACCCAAAAGCUCCUGUCCCAAGAUAAUCAGUGACCUCUCCACUGAACCCUCUGCCUCUCCAAACCUGGAGCACCUCGACUCCUAACUAGGGCUGCCCAGUGCUUGACUUGGCCGUCCUCAGUCACUCCGUCCCCCCUAGGAAAACCCCACUGACAACAGCCAUGUUGUUCUCCUUGAGGGAACUGGUCCAGUGGCUGGGCUUUGCUACCUUUGAACUUUUUCUCCACCUGCUAGCUUUGUUGGUCUUCAGCAUGCUGGUUGCUCUGCGGGCUGACCUGUUUACCCCAAAGUUGAGCUGGUGGCUGGUGUUUGUUCCACUGUUUGCUGCAGACGGCCUCAGCACCUACUUCACGACCAUCGUGUCCAUCCGACUUUACCAAGAGAACGAGAAGCGGCUGGCAGUGCUGCGACUCCUCUGGGUGCUGACGGUGCUCAGCCUGAAGCUGGUGUGCGAGGUUCUGCUUUGCCAGAAGCUGGCAGAGCAGGAGCAAGCCAGAGACCUCUGGUUUGGUCUCAUUGUUUCCCCACUCUUCAUCCUGCUGCAGCUGCUCAUGAUACGAGCGUGCCGGGUCAACUGAGGGGAGGCUGUUUUUAGAAGAAGUGCUUUCACAUCACCAACAACACUGAAUCAGAAAGCAGUCUCUGUCUGCCAUUUGAGAUUUAAAACAUAAAAUUGGUGUCAUUUUUCUUGUGGCUCAUUACCACCUUUUUUUUUUGUUUGUUUUUCUUGACAAAUGAAAGGGGAAGAAAUUAAUAUUCCAGUUUACACAUCAAUCAAGUUCUCCAAUAUUUGAGUUUCACAUAAUUCUGACUUCAGCAGGAAGUUUUCUUGCAUGUUUCAGUUAAGAUGCAGUAGUUUUACUUGUAUAUUCAACAAUAACAACUGGAUUGUUGCAAGUUUUUCCAGGACCUUCUUAUUUAUUAUCAAGAUGAGUUACCACUGUAAGCACUUGUGGUACCUUUUAUGAGGAUGAAUGAUAACAAAAUGUGUCAUAUUCAGACGUGGAUUUGGAACAUAGCAGUGCCUCCACAUUGUGCAGUCAAUGGUAGACAAUGAGCCAUGAAGAAAAAAUAUACUAGAGUUAUGUUUUAAUGUGAACAGAACAUAUGAUUUUAAUAAACUAGUGAAACCUUCACGCAGUAAUGAUCGGGGCAGCAGUUUGAGUUAAAAAUCCCAUAAAGCUGCUGCAGCUUUAUUACUUGUAUUUUCUGCCCAGAGUAAGAUGCUGCUAAAGAGCAAAAAAAAAGGUUUAUUGCCUGUUGUUGGGAGUGUCAUACAAUAUCACCCUCCCAUUAGUAAGAAUGGCCUGCACAGAAAGAAACUUUCUGAAACCUGUCAGGUUACUGUCUUUUUUUUUCAGUACAGAAUAACUGAAUGUGAUAUCCAUGAGCAGUAGAUUGUGUGCACACAUCUUUCCCUAAAAGUUGCUGUUUACUUUCACAAAUUAAAAUGUACUUGAUCAGUUUUGAUCCUACCUUGUAUAUGUACCGCAUGUAUUUAUGGCUUUGUUUUAAUUUAAUUUUGAUGUAUAAAUAUGUGUGAUAUGUAUAUGUUGAAUAAGCAGUUCAAAAGUUA